GCACCCCAGAGAUUCAGUUACUCAUCUUGGUACGCGCAUGAUGUUAUGAAAACCAUUUUUCUCCAUUCUACCCCUAUUUUAUUGACUCCGUUGUAAUAUUAUUUUCCUGUUCGCCAAGAACAAAGAGAUCGCAUGAAUCUUUAAAGAAGAGAUCAAACACCUGCCGGACUCGCGCGCCGCUUCAGCUGGGUUUUUGUUUUGCGAGCGAUCCUGGGACGAGCGCUCAGUCUGCUGGCAUGGUCGGAGAACCGUCUGCGGGAUCAAAAUCAGCAGCAAAAGCUUGUUUAACUGACCAUAAAAAUGAUGGACCAUUUGGCAAGUGCUAGUAACAGUCAAGGGCCAGUUCUCUGUGAGCCAUCUUACCCUGCCUGUAAAAUGGCCCAUAUGGAGAAUGCCAGAGAUUUACCUGGAUUUGGACUCACACCUCUGAGCAUGGCAUCUAAUCCAACAACAUUGUCAAAUGCAGUUAGAAGGAAAGGCAGUCUGCUUCCUGUGUUCUGUAUGGUGGAGCAGGGUGAUAUCUCACCCUCCGAGAGAAAGAGGUCAGAGCAUGCAGAAUUUGUGCUGUUGAGGAAAGACCUACUGUUUAGCCAGAUCACUGAGGCUGCACUGCAAGAGCUGGGGUACACGCACACUGUAGCUGCACUGGCUACAGGUCAAUUUCAAGUUGGUCACUGGAACCCUGUAGCCCUGUCCACUGUGACUGACAUUUCAGAUGCAACAGUAGGAGACAUGCUUCAAGACCUUUAUCAUAUCAUCACCUUUAGAAUAAAACUAAACAGUGUUUCUAAAUUAGAGGACUUGCCUGCUGAGCAGUGGACUCAUUCCAUUUUGAGAAAUGCCCUAAAGGAGCUGCUGAAAGAGAUGAAUCAGAGCGCACUGGCUAAAGAGUGUCCGCUUUCACAGAGCAUGAUUUCAUCAGUGGUAAAUGGCACUUACUACACCAGCAUCUCUGCUGCAAGAUGUCAGGAGUUCGGCCAGUGGUACAAACACCACAAAAAGGCUAAAACUAUGAUGGGUGAGAUGGACAGGCAUUGCAACCAACCCUCAUUCUCCAGUCAACCCACCAUAUACCAGCAAACAAUGGAAGAUACGGGGGAGGAGCCACAUGGUAUUGUUCAGAUGCAAGCUGGAAUGCCUGGUUUGGUGAUGGCUCAGCUCCUGUCACAGCAGCAUGCCAUGUCUCAACUUCUUACACAUGCUCACACGCACUCACCUGGGGCUCAUCCCGUGGCACUAAGGAUGCCACCCAAAUGCAAUGUGUCGCCACCAACAGUAGCUCGAGUUUCCUCCCCUGUCUCUGAUGUGUCACCUGAAAUCUACCAUUGGGUGCGCGAGGAGUUGAAGAGGGCGGGAGUUUCCCAAGCAGUGUUUGCACGAGUAGCCAUUAAUAGAACUCAGGGUCUGCUGUCUGAGAUCUUGCGUAAGGAAGAGGACCCACGGUGUGCAUCUCAGUCUCUUUUAGUGAACCUUAGGGCCAUGCAGGCCUUCCUACAACUGCCACAGAGUCAGAGAGACUCAAUUUAUCUGGAGGAAAGAGAGCGCAACCUCAACAGCACCUACAGCACAAGCACCUGCUCCCCUCUGCCCAUUCAGGCAAAACUGUCACCUGUUUCCAAGGACAUUGUAGUGAAAGUGGAAUCUGAUGAUUACAGCAUAAACUCUGGCAUCUAUGACGAAAUACAGCAGGAAAUGAGACGGGCCAAAGUGUCACAGGCUUUGUUCGCGAAAGUUUCGGCAGCCAAAAGCCAGGGCUGGCUGUGUGAGCUGCUGCGCUGGAGGGAGGAGCCAUCUCCUCACAAUCGUACCUUGUGGGAAAAUCUUACUUUGAUACGUCAGUUCCUAAAUCUCAAUCAAUCAGAGCGAGAUGUUAUAUAUGACCAAGAGAGCAAUACAGGGCAGACACUACUUCCAGAAAUACACACAAGACCACUGCCUGAAGCACUGCAGGCGAUACCACAGCAUGUGAGGCUUAUAAAGCAACUACAGAAAAAUCCAUCACACCAUCAACCCUUCCCACAUCCCCAACUCAUCACUGGCAGAGACAAGACGAUAGAUCCAAGUCUGGGAGGCACGUUUUUACCACCAGAAGCCCACGCGAUCAUGCAGAGCUUCAUUAAGGAAGUGGGACUACAUCCAGACCAAGAGGCAAUUCAUACACUAUCUGCUCAACUAGGUGUGGCAAAAGAGACUGUUCUCAGCUUUUUUCAUGGUCACAACUGGCAUCGUCCAGACGAUAAGCACAAGAGAAUGGACCAACAAGAAGAAGAAAUGGAAGAUGAUUACAUGGAGGAAGAUGUAGAAUGCAGGUAUACAAAGGAAAAUUAUGAGAGGAUAGAGCAAAACAAGAUAACUGGGAAACAGGACAUUGUGGUGGAGCAGAAUGCAUCUACACAAACUCGUUUGAUCAUUACUAUUAAACAAGAGGAGGAGCUCCCAUGUAAGGAGGAGCAUGAUGAUAGCCCUGUCCAUUGCCACUUCAUAAACUCCUAAAAAUACAUAUUAAAUCCCAUUUAGACAAAUGGACAGCAGUGGAUCCAGUUGUAGCCUAUUUAUGGUUGUGCCUUUAUGCACAAGGUUUAUUGUCUCGCUUAGACCUGGAAUAUUGCAGAUUUUACAGUGAAAAUGCCACGGAAACAUAAAUGAAACAUAACUGUUCUUUAUUUAAAAUGCUAUUAGGGGUGUAAAAAGGAAUCAACCUGACAAUGAAAAUUCAAUGCAUUGAUUAAAGGAUUUAAUAAUCAAUUAUAAUAACUCACAAUAAUAAUAAUACCCAAUGAAUUAUGCAUUCAUUUAUUACCCAAAAUACAAUUCUUGAGAUAUGUUCGGGUUGUAAAAAUCCACUAUAUACAGAUCCACUUUCUGUGUAGACUUUGUUCAUUGUACUUCCAGUUACAUUUGGGUCUUCAUUAUGUUUUCGAAAAUAAUAAUAAAAAGUAGCAAAAUAAUCGGAUUGCACCAAACCAAAUUGUGACCAAAUGUCAGAUGGCAUGAUGCAUCAUUGUCAGAGCAAAUAUUUAAACCCCUAAAUGAAAUAGUUUGGUAUUUUAGAGUAUUAUUUAAUGUUUGUCUCUUAUUUUCUGUUAAAAUCCUUAAUCUCACAGUAUGCAGGGAAUUAUGUUCAGUGUUGAAAACAGCCAGACAGUAUUGUCUUUUUCAAAUGCUGUUGCCAGAGACUGUGGGACAUAUUAUCUCUGUUGAGAAAUGAACAGCAGAUUACAACAUUAUUGUGUAUUAGAAGAAACACAAUAGAAACAGCACUUUCAAUAGUUCUCUCUCUCUCUGUACAUGUUCUUCAGAUGAUGCACUACAGAAUUUCAAUAAAG